CGAGUGUUGCUGCUUAAAUUGGCAGAUCAAGAUCGGGAUUUUAUCUUAGAAAAUGGCGUCUGAUCAAGGAGGUGAACGAAAAAUAGAAGUAAUUCGAGGGCAGAGUUUCGAAUGUGGCCCUCGAUAUACCAAUUUAGCUUAUAUUGGAGAAGGAGCAUAUGGAAUGGUUGUGUCUGCUUAUGAUAAUCUGACCAAGACCAAAGUUGCCAUCAAGAAGAUUUCCCCAUUUGAGCAUCAGACCUACUGUCAACGCACACUGAGAGAAAUCAAAAUCUUGACUCGCUUCAAGCAUGAAAAUAUCAUCGACAUACGGGACAUUAUUCGUUCUGUUGACAUCGACCAAAUGAAAGAUGUAUACAUUGUACAGUGUCUAAUGGAAACUGACUUGUACAAACUUCUGAAAACACAGAGAUUAAGCAAUGAUCACAUAUGCUACUUUCUCUACCAAAUCUUGCGUGGUCUCAAGUACAUCCAUUCAGCCAAUGUUCUACACCGUGACUUGAAACCAUCAAACCUUCUUCUAAAUACUACAUGUGAUCUCAAGAUUUGUGACUUUGGCCUUGCACGAGUGGCCGAUCCGGAUCACGAUCAUACUGGUUUCCUGACAGAGUAUGUCGCCACUCGCUGGUACCGAGCACCCGAAAUUAUGCUUAACUCAAAAGGCUACACAAAAUCGAUUGAUAUCUGGUCUGUCGGAUGCAUCUUGGCGGAGAUGCUUUCAAACCGACCUAUAUUUCCUGGAAAGCAUUAUCUAGAUCAGCUGAACCACAUUCUCGGAGUCCUUGGAUCCCCCACGCCAGACGAUCUCCAGUGCAUAAUAAAUGAAAAAGCGCGGAGUUAUUUGCAAUCACUACCAUAUAAACCCAAAGUACCGUGGACAAAAUUAUAUCCCAAUGCCGACGCCAAAGCCCUGGAUUUAUUGGACAAAAUGUUGACGUUCAACCCUCAUAAACGAAUCAUCGUGGAGGACGCGUUAGCUCACCCUUACUUGGAGCAGUACUAUGACCCAGCCGAUGAGCCCGUCGCUGAGGAACCAUUCAAAUUUGAAAUGGAGCUGGAUGAUUUGCCAAAGGAAAAACUUAAGGAACUAAUUUACGAAGAGACGAUCAUGUUCAAAGAACGCAUGGAUCGAGAGCAACCCAUGGGUGUUUGAAGCUCCCCCAGAUUUAUUAUAUGUUUCCUGUGCUAUCAAGGUACUUGCGAGGGAUAAAAAGGAUGAAAAGGAGGACGAGUCGGCCAAGGCCAAGGCCGCGAUGAGUGUUGACGAUUCAAUUUUUGAAUGGCAUUGGGCUUUCUUGUUAUCAUUAUUACUACUUCCAUUCUCUUAGUUCAUGUUUUCAAGUCCAAUUGCGCGUGUUCUGUGUGCGUGUGUUUUUUCUCUUUCCGAUUGUCUUUUCUAUUUCAUUUACUAAAGAUAUCACGUCCAAUUGUUGCAUUCCGUUGUCCCUAGCUGUCCUUGGCCUUCAUCCGCUCAGUUCCGAUUUAGCCUAAUUUUAAGCCUAUCAAUGUUCAUAGAAUCCCUUUGUCUACAGGGUAAGCACACACAUCUACACCUGAUUUAAGUUUUGAUUGUUUCGCUCUUACUUCAUUUCCUCACCCUCACCCCAAUUAUCUGUCGACAGAAUCCGAAGUGAUAUAUGUCCUUACCUGCGCUCCUUUAUAAUAUGUGUACAGUACAGUUCAACGCAGACGCACUUUCCGCCUCUCCCAAACCCCCCUUCGCUCUGCCCCACCUUUCUUCUUUACACCCGGGGGUUCGACGAUUUUCACCUCAGUGUUUUCCUGCAUUCAUGCCUCUUGAUGAUUACCACAAGGUUAUUGUGUAUUACUUGGUUUCGUGUGUCCGGCCGCUGUCAUUUUGCUUACGUCAACCAGGUUAAUGAAUUUGUUUUCACCGCA